AUGUGGCAUAUCGUUUAACACCGUUAAUGUAGUUUAAAUUGCAGUUCGAUUCUUUUAUGUAAAUCUUAAACUGAAAAACAAAUCAAAUUUUUGGAAGUGUCUCAAUGUUUGGACAGACACAGCUGCUGUUUGCUAAAGACCUUCGUCAUCAAGUUUUUUCAGACAAAUCUAGAAAUCUUCGUCAGUCAGUCGUGAAUCUCCAACACGCCAACAAUGUUUCCCACGUUCGAUCCCGAGUCCAAAGUGUGGACCGGUCCACAGCUUCCUUCGGUGUUCAAUCCGGAGGUGAACUUUGGAAAAAUUCUCCUCGCCACUAUGGGCCUCAACCCCGGCAAGGUGAUCCAGUACGACGCGGACACGGGCCGAACCAUGACCAACGGGGAGAUGCAACUGCGCGCGAUCCGUGCCUCGCAGAACUUGGCCGCCCUCGGACUGAAGCAAGGUGACAUGGCCGCGUUGGCUUGUACGAACAGUGAAAACGUGAUGCCCGUUGUGGUGGCGAUGUUCUUCAACGGGAUUCCGUUCAACACGCUGGCACCGGGCCACGAGGUGGACGAUUUGGCCCACAUGAUGCGGAUUACGCAGCCAAAGUUGGUGUUUUGUGACGUGGACAAUUACGAACGGGUGAAAAAGGCUACCGAGGUGGCUGUGCGGGAUAAACCGUUGUUGUACGUGUUUGAAAGUGACUUGGAGGGCGUGAACAAGGCAGAGGAUCUUCUGAAGGAAACGGGUCGUGAAAGGAUGUUCUUACCGACGUCCAACGGAGAUGCCCGGAAUCUACCAGGUAUCGUCCUCUGCUCAUCGGGUAUAACAGACCUACCGAAGGCUGUGACCUUGUCCCACGCACAGCUGGUUUCGAUGUACGGAAGUCUAGUUGGAGUGUUCAAGUUCAGUCUGCUUUUCAACUUCAGUCCCCUGUACUGGAUAUCCGGACUACACUCGCUCGGUCUAUCGCUAAUCCACGGCAUUCCACGAGUGAUCACGCGGAAACCGUUCUCCGAGGAUACUUUCUUCGACUUGUUUGAGAAAUAUCCAAUCGAUUACCUUUUCACGCCACCAUCACAUGCCCAUCUGCUGUUGCAGCAUCCCCGAUUUAAGACCACCGACUUCAGUAGGGUUAGAACGUGGCUCGUUGGUGGUAGUCCCGUGCCGGAUGCUUUGAGGGACUCUCUUGAAGCAAAACUUCCAAACGGAAAAACUGUAAUAAUCUUGGGCACCUCGGAAAUCGGGUUCAUAACGACGGAUUUCUUCAAGCGAAAGUCACUCUCGGUUGGUACGGCAGCCUCAAAUGUCCGGAUCAAAAUCGUGAACGAAGUGGGAAAAGCGCUGAACAAUGGGGAACGUGGCGAGAUCUGUAUGACCUUCAGUGAAAAGUUCCUCGGGUAUUACAACACUCCGGAGGUGACGGCUGCGGCGGUUGACGCCGACGGUUGGAUCCGGACCGGGGAUGUUGGGUACUUUGACGAGGAAGGUUACCUUUAUUUGGAGGGUCGUCAGAAGGAUAUGCUCAAGUGGAGAGGUUAUCAAAUAGCUCCCGCGGAUCUGGAAGCUAUUUUGCGAGAUAUUGAGGGGGUAGAUCAAGCGUACGUCGUUGGAUUGUUGGAUGAAGACGGGUCUUCCGAUUUGGCCACGGCAGUCGUCGUGAAGGUGGAAGGCAGUGAGUUGACCGAAGCCGAUAUUCUGGAGGUGGUUAAUGGCAAAGUGGCAGACUAUAAGAAACUUCGUGGAGGAGUGUACUUUGUGGACGAAGUUCCCUUCACCAGCAAUGGUAAAAUUUUGAGGAAAAAGUUGAUAGAACAAGUUAAAACAAUGUCAAUGACCCAGAAGAAAAACUAAAUGUUUGAUAUGGUUCAACAAACAUAAUUUGAAUUUCUAUGUAUUGUAAAUAACAAUA